UAUUUCUCAACACAUUUUUUUCUGUGUGUGUGUGUGUGAUGUAAAGAUAAGUUACUGUAUAUAAGUUCAGCUCUUCCUUCAGGCUGACGAGAGAAUUCUGCAGCAGGUUCAUUUAGAGAAUCAUGAAGAUGUUGGCUGUGUCUGCUCUGCUCUGUGUAACGGUGGCUCUAACCAGAGCUGCUGUUGUUCCAGAAGCAGCGGCCUCCAAGGAUCUGAGCGUGAAGAGUCAUCUGGUCAAGAGGUCCACAUCUUGCUCCGGCCGUUGGACCAACAUCAAUGGUCGCUGUUUCCACUAUUUUCCAGCCCCCAUGACUUGGGCCAAAGCUGAGAGAAACUGUCAGAGCAUAGGUGGGAACCUUGCAUCGGUGCAUGACAUCCAGGAGUACCACGAGAUUCAGAGUCUGAUCAAGACCGCCACGUACCAGAGUAAGGAAACAUGGAUCGGAGGCUCCGACGCCCAAGAGGAGAGUGUUUGGCUCUGGAGUGAUGGUUCACGGUUCUCUUACACAAACUGGUGUCCUGGAGAGCCCAACAACUGGCGUGGCAGACAGCACUGCAUCCAGAUCAACCAUGGAGGGGACAAGUGCUGGGAUGAUGUCGGGUGUGGUGCGAGUCGUCCAUUCGUCUGCAGCAAGAAAAUGUGAAGACCCGUGGGCUGACUCGUCUGACUCGUCUUAUAACCCGAAGGCUCUGUACCUUAUUUCAUGUCUUUAUCUUUUCUAUCGCUGCAACACAAAGUGACACGGUCAGGAGCUGGAUCCUCUCUGAGGCUUCGUGCCUUCAAAAUAAUGGAAGUAACGCUUUUAGCUCAACUUUGUUCUGUAGAAUGAACAGGUAUUUUUCUUGUCUUGUGCAAAAUUAAAAUGCUCAAGCAUCCAAA